UACUGAGCGAGCGGCCGACCGGCGAGGAAGCGUCAGUGCGGAGCCGGGCGACGAGGCCGAGGCCACAGCACAGAGCGUGUCAGCGACGACAACGAUCACAGCGCCACCAGCGACUGAGCGGCCAACGAUUCCGUCACCGGCGGGAACCACCCUCGGAGCGCUGACUCAUUCAGCGUCCGAGGCCAGCCAUGGUGUAGCGGCGGCCCAUAGUGGCGGGUCACCGGCGUCCGACAGCAUGCCGCCGGGUCAGAAGGACGUCCAGCGGCGAGAGAACGACUACCAGCGGCUGAUACAGGAGAUAGCUCCGCUGCUGGAGAAAACUGAUCGGAGCGUGCUACAGGCCGUGGCGCAGGAAUUCACCGCCUGCACUCUGUCCGGUCGUCUCAGUGUCAAAGAGAUGUUGGAGCAACUGGAGCGGACCGCUGUACUGUCGCCCAACGCGGUCAAAGUGCUUCAGACCGUGUGUGAAAUCGUAGACUGUCGUGAGGGCAAUCAGUUGGUGAGUGAGUACCUGAAGAAGUACCCGCCGUACAGCGGGCGCCGCACCCACUCCCACUCGGCACCGGCGGCGCUCUAUCCAGGUGAGCACCGCGGCGCUGAUAGUCAGCUUACCUCCAACAGCGACCAGUGGUUUAGCGCAGACUCGAACCCGACAAAGCAUCGUGCAAUUUCAGAACAACGGAUUGGCGGGAGCGACCGCGAGGAAAGUGUCUGUAACCAGUAUAGUUUUGUGGGGAGUGACUUGAAAGGCCCCUGGGACAGUGUGGGGGACCCGGAGGAGGUCAAAGUGCUGACCGAUUACAGUGUGUCUUCUAUCAGUGAGGAUGUUCGGAGGACUAGCCCGUGGCAGAGAUCGAGCACCAGUGGCAGUGUCAGAUGGCCACCGCUUGAGUCGACACAGAGUUCAGAGUCGCCGGAGAGUCGCCAGCGGAGCAUGGCACUCUGGGGCCACUCUGCAGCGGCACCAGCACCAGCGGCGUCACCAGCGUCACCAGCGGCGGCCCGACCAGCCACGUCUGCCGUCUGCGAGUGCCACCAUCCGCCGCGAGUGCAACCUGCCUCGCCGCCGCGCCAGCGUCAACGGCUCUCUAAAACCGUGGAUCAGGCCCUCGAGCUGAGGCCUGGCUCUUCAGCCGGCGGCAGUCGCAGCGGCGGCGCACCUGCCGUCAUGAGAGGCGUGACGCCAGCCGGUGCGCGGCGCGCUCGGCUCGUCGACUUUCUGUCCAGCCGGCUGGGGCCGCGGUUCGUCGAGCUGGGCGAGCAGAUGGAGCGCGUGAGUCGCGCAGAGCUGGCCGACAUCUCCAGCGACACCAGCGCCGACAUGGUGAGCCAGGCGCGCCGCCUGCUCGGCCUCUUCCUCAGCCGGCAUCAGAGCUGCGACGGAGACGCCGAGAUUCUCCUGGUGCGGCGACUUCGUCGCAUCCGCUUCAACCGUCUGGCCGACGAGCUGGAGAUCUGGAGCGCCGACCAAGACCGGUGGGAGGACCCGCGCGACUGGUCCGAGGACAAACGCCGGUGGAGGAGCUCGGAGAGCCACCAGCACCGUUCGCCAGUGAGGAUACCGAGGGCGGCCUGCUGCUGAACAGGUGAUUGGACGAUUGGACGCUUUGUGACCGAAUGAGACGGAAUCUGGUAGCAGGAGCUGACAAGUGACAACAGAAAGCUGGUGCAAGAUUGAGAUGAUAAGUGCUGGAAACGUGAGCGACUGGCACUAUAUCUGUUGUACCUUGCUCGUGGUAAUGAUUGCCAAUAGUGUUGUUUUAUAGAAGUUAUUGUCACAGGGGCAUACAGGGGUAUAAGUUAUUGCACAGGGGCAAUAUUCUCACGUCACCCCUCGCGCGUUCAUGUGAGUGAUUCCAUUAAAUGAUGAUGAGC